CCCUGCCGGCCUCUUGCAAGAUCCUCAUUGAGCCACUCCAGUGAGAACCCCCCACCCUCGAAGGCUCCCCUAGCAACUUCCCAUCCGCUGACCCCUCCAACGCCAUCAAUCUCCAGCUGUGGUUGUUGAAUUCGGAGGAGCCCGGCUGAGGACACACUUGCCUGCUUGCGCUUUGCCACUUGAGCACCGCUCCCUCUCAGGAUGAAGGUGACGGUGGGCCCAGACCCUUCCCUGGUCUACCGACCUGAUGUCGACCCAGAGGUGGCCAAAGACAAGGCCAGCUUCCGGAACUACACAUCAGGUCCCCUACUGGACCGUGUCUUCACCACCUACAAGCUCAUGCACACGCACCAGACAGUGGACUUCGUCAGGAGCAAGCAUGCCCAGUUUGGGGGCUUCUCCUACAAGAAAAUGACAGUCAUGGAGGCUGUGGACCUGCUGGAUGGGCUGGUGGAUGAGUCGGACCCGGAUGUAGAUUUCCCCAACUCCUUCCAUGCCUUCCAGACAGCGGAGGGCAUCCGGAAGGCCCACCCAGACAAGGACUGGUUCCACCUUGUCGGGCUCCUGCAUGACCUGGGGAAGGUCCUGGCCCUGUUCGGGGAGCCCCAGUGGGCGGUCGUUGGAGACACCUUCCCCGUCGGAUGCCGUCCCCAGGCCUCCGUGGUUUUCUGUGACUCCACCUUCCAGGACAACCCUGACCUCCAGGAUCCUCGAUACAGCACAGAACUCGGCAUGUAUCAGCCCCACUGCGGGCUUGACAGGGUCCUCAUGUCCUGGGGCCAUGAUGAGUACAUGUACCAGGUGAUGAAGUUUAACAAGUUCUCUCUGCCCCCUGAGGCUUUCUACAUGAUCCGGUUCCACUCCUUCUACCCCUGGCACACGGGCAGGGACUACCAGCAGCUGUGCAGCCAGCAGGACCUGGCCAUGCUGCCCUGGGUGCAGGAGUUCAACAAGUUCGACCUCUACACCAAGUGCCCAGACCUGCCGGACGUAGACAAGCUGCGGCCCUACUACCAGGGGCUCAUUGACAAGUACUGCCCUGGCAUCCUGAGCUGGUGACCCUCCUGCCACCCAAGCUGCUGCUGGACCCAGGCCUGGCCCUCAGCCUGCCUGGAGAGGUCUGGCCCUGGGCAAACAGCCGCCAUCAGGGUUCACCUCGGUGGGACCUCACUCACCCCCUUAGGGUCACCACCCCUCAUGGCAACUUGUGCCUGGCAUGAAUAAAGACCUGCAAGGACA